GAGAGAGAGAAAGAAACGAGACGCGAGGAAUAAGCUCUGCAGUGUUGCUCACACUCGAUAAUACAACAAAUUUUUUUCACACGUACUCUGCCUUGUGUGCAUCAAAAUACGGAGUGACAAAUUGCGCGAGAUAAGGGUUCAACAUUGUCACAUUGGACUUCUGCUCUUUUCGAUAGGAAAGAGACGGACGAGCUGUAAACGCGCCAAGUUUCGGUGGUGAAUUUCGUCCCAAAUAUCAGACACCGAAGCGACAGGCCAGCCGAGUGUGUUUGCGAACGGUUCAUAUGUGUAUGUGUGCUAUAUGUAUACAGCACCAGCUCUCACGGUGUGUGCUUACAAUUUAUGUACACAAAUUUCAUAUACUAGGCAUCCUUUUGGACUCAAAAUGUGCAAUGAGUCGACAAAUUGCUAAUAAUGUCCAAUUUCUACGACGUGAGAUAUGAAAUCUAGCCUAAAUGCAUGCUGUCGUGGGGUCCCAUCAAUUUUUACGCACAAUCAAAUAGAUAAAGAGCCACGAUGAACGACGACGAUUCUACAGUAGUCACAGGAGCAGUUGAAACAAUAGAAAUAAAACCAGAAUUAACAGAACUUCUUAUUGGUUCCAAAGAAGAAUCGCAUUCAGAAGAAGAAUCAUCUUCUGGCUCCAACUUUGAACACAACAGUAAAAAGUGCAGCUAUGUGACUGUUUCUGGUGAAGUGAUCGAUGUUGAAACUGAAGAUAUUGUACAAACUCCAUUUUUCCUAGAAAGUUAUUUUCUAGACAAAGAUGAGUUUCGAGAUCAGUUUCUUAGUGCGCCUUGUAUGGAAGAAAGAGUGAUUGAGAUUGAUAGAGUUACUUGUUACGAAUGUGACACUGCAUUUUGUAGUGAGCAAAGACUACUAGAACAUCUCAUGAAACAUAUCGAUGUUUAUAAAAUGGGAUGCAAUAUUUGUGAUAAAGAUUUAAAUUUAGAAGAAAAAUUUCAAUUACAUAUGAUGGCAGUCACUUGGCAAAGUAUUUAUUAUUGUGAUAUUUGUAGAAAGUCAUGUGCUGGUGUUGUACGAUCAAAGAGUCAGCCUCCUCCACCAGGAAAAAUCUAUAUGUGUCACGAUUGCGAAUAUUUUACUAAACAAGAAAAUUUAAAGUUCAAUAGUAUACGUUUCCAUUUAAAUAUUGAAUGCAAUGCAGUAAACUGUGAUCCCCCUAGACCGCCACCAAUCUUACCUCUGCCCACACCACCUCCUUUACCUCCACCGCAACCACCACCUCCUCCUGCUGUUCCUAUUCCUCCUCAGCAAUCAAUUUCAGCACCAACAGAAGUACUGCAAGAUAACAAACAAAAACUUGUUGCUGAUGUUAAACUAGAUGACUGUAAUGGAUGGUCAACAAAAGAUCCAAGUUCAGAAAUCUAUGAUAGUGUUGUAUGCAAAGUUCCACCAAAGAAAAAAGAAAACAUGAGGUGUCGGGGACCUAAACCAAGGGUGAAAGUAGUGAGCGAAAGCAUGAGGCAUACUUUAAAAAUGUCUUCUAGAGUUAGCACACGGGCUUCAAAUAAAUUGUUGUGUAAAUAUAAAUGUAAGGAUUGUCCAAUAUCAUUUGCAGAUGAAGGAUCAUUAAUAAAACAUGUGCGCGAAAAGCAUAGUUUUCAUAAAAUAAACUAUGAGUGUAAAUUGUGCGGCAAAGAUUUUUCACAACAACGGUGUUAUGAAAACCACAUGAACUAUCAUCAGCGUCAAAAAAAUCAUAUAUGUUUUGUGUGUAAUGAUACAUUUAUAUCAAAACGCAAAUUGGAGCAGCAUACGUGUCAUAAACCUAGAAGUAAAUUUUUAGGUAGUCAUCCAAAUGAAGGUGCAGCUCUUGAUCUUCGAAAAAAAAAGACUAAGAAUGCUGCACGAUAAUUAAAAUUAAAAGUGCAAUAGUUAAUAAGUUUACAUUAAAUAUUGGGCUAAGAAAAGGCUAGUGUGUGGAUGUUGACUUUUUUUACAAAUCUUCUUAUUACUGUACAUUAAUUUUUCUUAUUGUCCCAGCAAAAAAUUACAAUUGUUUUUUAUUACAAUUUUUAGGUUUAUUAUAAUGAUCUGUUAGCGCAUAAAAGGCUGGGUACAAAUGUUCCUAAGAUAUUAAAGAGAAUUGAGUUGAUAAAUUAUUUUGUAAUAAAACGUGUUACGUCCAUUUUGUUAAUUAAAAUAAUCAUUGGAAAUUAAAAGUGCAAAUAAAGGAAAAUAAUAUUUACUGAAUGAUUUCUAAAAUUGCAAUUGUACUUAUUCAUAAAAAUCUUCAUUAAUAAUCACGUGAAAAAAAUUUUGUUUUUUUUCCCCAAUAUGAAUGAUUGAUAAUAACGAUACCAAACGGAUCGUUAUGUUUUUAAAAUAUAUGGAAAAUGAUAAUAAAAAGACCUUUUUAUAAAUACGG